CCAAUCCCAGCCGCCCUCGGAGAAGCUCUGGGUACCACAGGGGAGGUCCUUCCUGGGGACCCCUGAGUCUGCUCAGCUAAGCCUUCGAUAAGCUAGGGGAGGAGACUUGGUAGAAAUGUCCAAUAGGCCCAGCGAUGUGCCCACCUUCCCCACUUCAGACAGGUCUGUACUAUUUUACCUGGAGGCAGAGCUGAGCUAGGUAAAGCCAGAUCUCUGAGUUAUGGUAACUUAUCCUGGCCCCAGCUGGUUUCUCAAGGUUGUAAUGGUCCUGAAAGCAAUGUUGAUUUUGUGAACAUAAGGUGUUAUCUAAAUAUUUACUCAAGUACUAUGGGUAACUUCUUUAUAUAUGGUCCCUUCUGACCCCCAGAUCUUCCUCUGCCUUGUAUGGGCCCUUCUUGGAUGUGUGGUUUCUAAGAGGCAGAGGGUUGGCUCUAGGGAUGGGGAAGGUACCAAUGGGAAUGGGAUUUACCUCCUACCAGGGGUGGUUAACUUUAGAGAAUUUACCAUCCCCUGAAGAUGCGAUAGCCACAAACAGGCAGGCUCAGGUCCCUCUCAGGAGGAGGCUGCAGGAGAAGGGCAUGCCCAGGAGAAGUGCCUGUUGCUCUGGUGAAGGGGACUGUGCUCAUACUGCUUUCCCCCACCCCCACUCUCCACCCCAUUGUCUCCUCAUUUCACCUCCUUCUGUGUGGUGGUAGGACCUGCGGGAGGAGUGCAUCAAGCUGAAGAAGAGGGUGUUUGACCUGGAACGGCAGAACCAGAUGCUGAGUGCCCUGUUUCAGCAGAAACUCCAGCUCACAACAGGCUCCCUCCCUCAGAUCCCAUUUGCCCCUCUCCAGCCUCCUUCCGAGCCACCAGCCUCCCCCUCCCUGAGCUCCGCCGAGGGACCAGCCACCUCACUGCCUCUGGGGCGCUGUACUGGGCAGAGAGAGGUGUGUUGGGAGCAGCAGCUGCGUCCAGGAGGCCCAGGACCCCCGGCCGCUCCACCCCCAGUGUUGGAUGCCCUGUCCCCAUUCCUUCGAAAGAAAGCCCAGAUCCUGGAGGUGCUGAGAGCCCUGGAAGAGACUGACCCCUUGCUUCUGUGCUCACCUGCUGCCCCCUGGCGGCCUCCAUGCGAGGGUCCUGGCUCUCCAGAGCCCAUCAAUGGCGAGCUGUGUGGCCCACCCCAGGCAGAACCCUCACCCUGGGCCCCCUACCUGCUACUAGGCCCUAGUAGUCUGGGAGGCCUACUGCACUGGGAGCACCUUUUAGGGGGCCCAGGGGAGGAAGAGGGUUCUGGGCGGCUCUGGGGCCCUGCUAGGGGCUCCCCGCAAGCCCAGGGUACCAGCUCUGGCCCACCCUGUGCCCCAGGCAGCAGCAGCUCCUCCUCUUCUGAUGAGGCAGGUGACCCCAAUGAGGCACCCAGCCCCGACUCCCUGCUCGGGGCCCUAGCCCGAAAACAGUUGAACCUGGGUCAGCUCCUUGAGGACACAGAAUCAUACCUACAGGCCUUCCUGGCUGGGGCUGCAGGCCCACUCAACGGGGACCACCCAGGUCUUGGGCAGCCAUCCUCUCCAGACCAGAGGCCCCCACAGCUGCCCAAGUCCAAAGGCCUCCCCAAGUCACCUUGGGGUGGGGGUAUCCCAGAGGCUCACAGGCCAGGCUUUGGUGCUACCUCAGAGAGCCAGGGGCCCCUCCCCUUCCUCAGCAUGUUUGUGGGUGCAGGGGAUGCCUCCCUGGGCUCACGACCUGGCCACCCCCACUCUUCAUCUCAGGUGAAAAGCAAGCUCCAAAUUGGCCCCACUUCUCCCGGAGAAGCCCAGGGACCCCUUCUGCCCUCUCCAGCCAGAGGUCUCAAGUUCCUAAAGCUGCCUCCAGCCUCGGAAAAGGUCCCUAGCCCAGGAGGCCCCCAGCUCAGCCCCCAGUUCCCCCGAAACUCGCGAAUCCCCUGCCGGAACAGUGGCUCCGAUGGCAGCCCCUCCCCACUGCUGACCCGCAGGGGCCUGGGGGGAGGAGAGCUGUCCCCAGAAGGAGCCCAGGGCCUGCCCACCAGCCCUUCACCCUGCCCCACAACCCCAGACUCUACACAACUCCGACCUCCCCAGCCACCCUUGUCCACCUCCACACUGUCCCCAGGACCAGUGGUGUCUCCCUGCUUCGAGAACAUCCUGGACCUUUCCCGGAGCACCUUUAGGGGGCCUUCCCCAGAGCCACCUCCAUCCCCACUGCAGGUGCCCACCUACCCACAACUAACUCUAGAGGUGCCGCAGGCCCCUGAGGUCCUCAGAAGCCCCGGAGUUUCCCCUAGCCCUUGCCUCCCAGAAUCCUGCCCCUAUGGGAGUCCCCAGGAGAAGAGUUUGGACAAGGCAGGCUCAGAGUCUCCCCAUCCUGGCCGCAGGACCCCAAGCAGCUCAUCCAAGAAGCCCAGCCAGGGGGCAGGGCGGCGACCUGGGGAUCCUGGCUAUACACCUCUGAGGGACAGACUGGCAGCCCUGGGGAAACUGAAGACUGGCUCUGAAGGGUCCCAGGGCCCAGAGAAGAAUGGGGUGCCAGUCAAGCCUGGCACCGAGAAGGCACGGGGAGCAGGAAAGUCAGGGGAGAGCACUGGAGACAUGGCAUCCCCCACCCCCAGGGCCCCUGAACAGUCAGAAGCCAAGGGUGCCCUGCGGGGGGCAGUGGCCUUGGGCACGAGCAGCCUGAAGCAGCAGGACCCUGGGCUCCUGGGGGACCCAGGGGCCAGAGUCUACUCCUCCCACUCCAUGGGGGCCCGGGUGGACCUGGAACCUGUCUCACCAAGGAGUUGCCUCACCAAAGUGGAGCUGGCCAAGAGCCGGCUGGCAGGGGCCCUGUGUCCCCAGGUACCCCGCACCCCUGCCAAAGUGCCAACCUCAGCACCUAGCCUGUGCAAGCCCAACAAGAGUCCCCACGGCAGCCCGACCAAGCUACCUUCCAAGUCACCUACCAAGGCAGUGCCCCGACCUGUGGCCUCGCCAGCUACCAAGGAGCCCCCCAAGCCUGAUAAGGGGAAGGGCCCACCUUGGGCAGACUGCGGCAGCACCACAGCUCAGCCCUCACCCUCAGCACCAGGACCCACUGACCCAAGCCAGGGGCCUGAGGGGCGAGCCCCACAUUCGGCUAUUGAGGAGAAGGUGAUGAAGGGCAUUGAGGAGAAUGUGCUGCGGCUCCAGGGCCAGGAGCGGGCACCAGGCACUGAGGCCAAGCACCGCAACACCAGCAGCAUCGCCAGCUGGUUUGGCCUUAAGAAGAGCAAGCUGCCAGCACUGAACCGCCGCACAGAGGCCACCAAGAGCAAGGAAGGGGCCAGCGGGGGCUCCCCACUUCGGAAAGAGGUCAAGGUGGAAGCCCGGAAGCUGGAAGCCGAGAGCCUCAACAUCUCCAAGCUGAUGGCUAAGGCAGAAGACCUGCGUCGGGCUUUGGAGGAGGAGAAGGCCUACCUGAGCAGCAGGGCCCAGCCGCGGGCUGGGGGACCAGCACCAGGGCCCAGUGCAGGGCUGGGGCAGGUCCAGGGCCAGUUGGCUGGUAUGUACCAGGGCGCAGACACCUUCAUGCAGCAGCUACUCAACAGAGUCUCUGACUGUUCUCAGUGUCAGGCGGGGUUGCUGGGGCCAACCACCAGGGAUAUGUCCCCUUCCCCAGGGGCAGAGGGUCGUGGGUUCCUCACUAGGCCCACACCUUUUGGAGGGAGCAAAGCCAGAACGACCUGGGCCCAGGCUUUCCUCACCCCUAUCUGCAAUGCUGCCUCUAGGGUAGAUGGCAAGGAGCUGCCACCCAAGAGCUGGCGGGAGCCCAAAACUGAGUAUGGUGACUUCCAGCCAGUGUCCUCUGACCCCAAGAACCCCUGGUCAGCCUGUGGACCCCGAAAUGGCUUGGUGGGCCCUCUUCAGGGCUGUGGAAAACCCUCUGGAAAGCUGAGCAGCGAGCCAGGGAGGCGGGAAGAGAUGCCCUCGGAGGACAGCCUGGCUGAGCCAGUGCCUACUUCACACUUCACAGCCUGCAGCUCCUUGACUCGAACCCUGGACAGCGGCAUUGGGACCUUUCCGCCCCCAGACCAUGGCAGUAGUGGCACCCCCAGCAAGAAUCCUCCCAAGACCAAGUCACCGCGGCUGGACCCCCCACCCGGAGUUCCGCCAGUUCGGCCCCCACCCCUCACCAAAGUCCCCCGCCGUGCCCACACGUUGGAGCGUGAGGUGCCAGGCAUAGAAGAACUGCUGGUGAGCGGGCGGCACCCCAGCAUGCCAGCCUUCCCUGCACUGCUCACUGCUGCUCCUAGCCACCGGGGCCAUCAGACCUGUCCUGAUGAUCCCUGUGAAGACCCAGGCCCUCCCCCUCCUGUCCAGCUGGCCAAGAACUGGACUUUCCCCAACUCAAGGGCAGCUGGUGGCUCUGCCGACCCUUUCCUGUGCCCAUCCCGACAAUUGGAGGGGCUGCCCAGGACUCCCAUGGACCUGCCCGUGGACCGGAAACGGAACCUGGAGCCGAGCCGCCCAGCCCCUACGCCCCAGGGCCCAGCAUUUGGGGGUAGCCGCACCCCCAGCACAUCAGACAUGGGCGAGGAAGGCAGAGUGGCCAGCGGAGGUCCCCCAGGGCUGGAAACCUCAGAGUCUCUCAGCGACUCACUCUAUGACUCACUCUCCUCCUGUGGGAGUCAGGGUUGAGGGGCUGCGCCAUGGCCCCCCCUCUGGAGCUGGGGACCAUAGACUGGACUGGCUUUCCUCAGGCCCCGCCCCUGGGGGUCAGUGGGGCUCCUCCCUGAAGGGACCAAGGAGACAAAUGGAUAAAAAAGUGGAGGGAGUCCCUGCACACCCCACUGCCCACCGCUGCUGUGGAGGAGAUGACCGCUCUCAGCUCAGGGAGAGGCCCCACCUGUGGUCCCUCCUCUCACCCAGAGUAAGGCUCUUCCUCCGAGGGACUGGGUUUCCAGGCUGCUGUGUCCCAGCCCGAGCUCCUACUUCAGGCUGAGCCAUCUUGUGGUGCUGGGCUUCCUGCCCGCCAGCUGUGCCACCUCCACCCAACCUGGCUGCUCCCUGCCCCAAGCCCCCACGGGGCCAGCCCGGGGGCCCUGUUCUGGUGGAGUUUGGGGGCGAGGGGCCAAGUUGCCUUCUCUCUCUGUCUGCCCUGGUCCUCCCUGCUGUCUGGAUGGUGCUGCCCCACCCCCAUGUCUUUGGGGUACAUUUGUCUUUUUUUGUUUUUUUAUAUUAAUGCUCCAGGCCCGGUCCCUACCACCACCACGCCCCAGUCCCCGCACUGCGGUUAACUUAUCUGUUGUGAUAAAUAUGGCUGCUCUGCUUCCAGCCUCUGCUUCUGCAGUAUCCCUAAUAAAAUGUGGAGGCCCCUCCCUGCCCCUGACUCGGCUUGUUCUGUGAGAGGACUCAGGUGGACAGGUGGAUGGAGACUGGGCACCUGGGUGCGAGUGAGACUCUGUCCCAGGCACCCUUAUGAGGCAGCCCCGCUACCAGAGGAGCUGGCUAGAGUCACCUAGAAGGUAACUAAGGAUUGAGGAAUUGGGGCCUGCUUAGGCUCGGAAUGGUGCCUGGGUUGGGGAGAUUCUCUUGGCCCAUGGCUUGGCCAGGGCAGAAAGCGGGGCUGCCCUGUGCGUGCGGAUGGUGGCCGUGGACAUGCACUUAAAACCCCCGUCUGUACCAGGUGGGGUGGGACCUGAAAACUGAGCUUCAGAGGCUGGAGGGUAGGCAGAUUUGAGUGUGUAGCCUGUUGCCAUGAAGUGAGGCACAACUGAGUCUCAAACUGUUGCUACUUUCUGAUUUCUACUCAGAACUUGAGCUUUCCCUGGAUCUUCUUGCCCCAAUUUCUACCUCGUUUCAACCAGACGUUCCCAUGGCUCUCAGAGUCUCCUUUUAGGAUGGGGAGGCCAGGAGCGGAGCUGUGUGGAAGGGUCUGGACUUCCACGUUUCAGAUGCUUCACAUGGCAUGAGAAGACCAGGGGGUGGUUUAGGCCCUCCAGCCUUUGGAUUUCCUGUUGGGCAUGCAGCUGGGCAGUGAGCUGAAGGUGAAGCAGGUGGCAGCCAGCUCAUCUCGUUGGCUCGCUGAAUUGGGCCUAGGAAGGCCCCCUUCCUGCCCGUGUUGCAAGGUGCGGGAUGACUUGUCUGGAGCUCACACCAGACAUAGCCUACACUUGCCACCUCCCCAUGGCGUACAGUCUGGAAGCCACCUGAGCAGCAUGCAUGCUUGGCACCCCAAGCACUGUGGCUGGGACUCUGGACGGUUCAUUGUGGGCGUGAGGACCCUGUAGUAGACACAUGAUCUGUGUUGACACCACAGGCUUGCUGAGCCGAGGUCAGGGAGUAGUGCUGGGCCCUGUCACAACUCAUUUAUACCGUUGGACUCUCUUAUGCUCUGAGUAGUCUAAAGAUGGUUGGGGGCGAGAAGGGUGUCAGCACCUCCCUUUAUGCUAGCUCCUUCCAACAGUGUCUCCAGCUCCCCAAAGCUCCAGAAAGUGGGGGCGGGGGGAACCCUCCCAUUAAAAUAAAACACCCACCAUGCUGCCAGCCUCCUGAUCCCUAACUUCUACCAUAGCCCUGUUGGGGGAAGCGCCAUCAUCCUCAUUUCACAGAUGAAGAUAUCGAGUCUUGAAAACAUUCAAUGGCUUCCCAGGGCUGAGAAGUGAUGGAGAGAGUAGUUCCUUUCUGGGUGCGUAGCUUUGCUUUCUUCUGCCUGGACUUUUCUCUUCUCUUCCCCUUUUAGCCUGUGGAUCACCCUUGAUGGGCAGGAGAUAGUAUGAGAGUCAGUGGGCAGGGGUGAGAGCACUGGACUGGAAGUCAAGAGUCAGCCACACAGUCUGGUUUUAUGGGGAAAGUUGCAUUUCUUCUCCAGGCCUUGGUUUUCCUUACCUAUGGAGUAUUAGAAGAUUGGGCGAGACCAGCUGUUCCCAUCAGCCAGACUUUCUCCUUAGCUCUCUGCUUCUGUUCCUAGCCCCUCCCCCACCCUGGCCUCACUCUCUCAUGUUUCCCUUAGUUGAUGUCAUCAUGAAAGAAAUGAACGAGACUUAGAAAAGGGUCAAGUCAGAUGUCGAUUUUCUUUAAGUGUCAAGAUCCCAUUUUCUUCCAUCUUUUACUUCCAGGUUUCUCUCCCACCAUCCCUUCUGCUUUGAUGGUCUUAAGUAUGGUAUCAUCAAGUUACAAAUCUCUGCCUCUUGCCAAGUGGGCUCGAAGAAGUCUAUAUCCUUCUACUAACUUACUAUUUCUUGGUUUUUCAAGCCCUUUUCUCUGUUUGAACCUGAUAGAUUGCCUCAUUUUCUUGUUAGAACAGAAUUGUUUGCCUGCAGGAUAUUUACCGUAUUUCCUUUCUGGGAAGGAGCUUGGCAUGGUGGGUUUGACUUUGGACUUCACUUCUUAAAAGCUAAGACCAAAGGGUCUAUCUGUUUAUGUCACCAGGGUCUGGUCAGUCUGCUACCAGGCUCUGUUCUCCAGUGUCUGAGAAUGCAAGGUGGUACCUUGGUCCCUGGGGCGGUAUGGGCUGACUGGGGAAAUGUCUGUCAGUCACCAAAGCAAGGUAGCAUUAACUACACCUGGCACGUGGAGCCAGCCCUUUCCUGCUAACUGUUCCAAGGUGAGCAGCUCUUGUUCCUAAAUCUUCCCCCACCCCCAUUAUGCUGCUAAGGGUGAUGGGCUCAGGCGAGCCACCCCACAUCCCACAUAACUGUGUGCACCCUCUGCACAGACCGAAUAGUCCAUCUGAAGUAAUUCUGUGGGGGACACACAGGUGAGUCAGACACUCCUGAGAAACCAAUUUCUUCUUGAACUUUAAGGAACGGUUUUGCUAAAAGACCACUAGAUCCUCACUAUGACAGAACAUUUUAUAUCUGAGUUUGCAAUGUCUGCUUGCAGGAUUAAAGUGACCUCAUUGCUUUCUCCAUGAACAAUGGGUCAAUAUUUGCCUCAACAUUCAGUAUGACCCUUUCUGUUGGAGUUCUUGAACAAAAGAAGCCAGAGCUGCCAGACCCCCCUUAUCCCUGCCAAAUGGCAUCGAGGCAUCAGCAAAAGACUAUGAAAAGAUUUCAGGUUCCACCUCACUGCUCGCCCCGCCUUUUGUAGGAAUGUCUGAAAAUGUUAGCUGAGGUUUUCUCUGGGUUGCCAGUGGUUAUUUUCUUCUUUACCCUUUUAUAGAUUUUCUACAGAGUAUGUUUUCUUUUAUAAAAAAAAAAGUUUAAAAAAAGAAAUAAUCAUGCUUUGCAGAAAACUCUAGGUAUAAACCCCAUUCUAUAAUCCUGUAUGAGUUCAUUCUAGCAUAUAAAUAAAUUUUUUAAAGACAUGCAAAAUUGAAGUAAAUACAGUUGAGCAUUUGUGUGAUACUGUGGUGGGGAAGAUCUCAUGCAAAUUAUAAAAGUGCAUGUUCAUAGUUUCUUAAAAAGGUAAUUGAAAUUGAAUAGAAUGUUAUCCAAGGAAGAGGAAGAGUCUAUUUUAUACUUCAACUCCCAUUCUCACUCCCCAGACAUAAUUCGAGUUGAUUGGUAAACCUUUCAAAUCAUUUUUUAAAUACACAUGGCUUGUUUAGACUGACCUUUUAUUAGACUUUGAGGUUAUCCUACAGUUACUGAUCUGCUUCUUGUAGCACUGACUAUGUCUUGAAGCUCUUCCCAAAGCCCAUGAAGCUCCAUUCUCAUGUCUUCGAGUGUAUAGAUGUUCCAUGUUUUUGCCAUUACAAGCAGUGCUGCAGUGAACAUUGCAUAUGUGUCUUUGGCCGCUUGUGUAUCUCCAUAGAUAAAAUUCUAUAAAUGGAAUUGCUGGGUCAUACAAUAUGCUUAAUUUAAAUGUUUUAUAGACAUUAACAAAUUGCACUUCAACAAUAUAUAAGAGGGACUACCUUCCACAUCACUGAAUAUUAUCAAACUUUUUGUUCUUAGCUAAUUUGGUAGGAGUAAGUGAUCAUGUAGUUUGUAGCCCGGUGUAGUGACUUUGGUAUUUACUCAAAGUAAAAUGGGGAGCCAUUAGAGAGUGAUAAGAAUAAACUGUAGAAGGCAAGUAUGGAAGCAAACCAGUAAGGAGGCCUCUUGGGUAACUCUAGUGAGAGAUGGCGGCGACUUGUUCUGGGGUGGAGGCUCUAUAGGCGACAAGAUUUGCUGAUGUAGUGGAUGUGAGGAGGAGUCGAGGACAACUCCAAGGUGUUUGGAGCAACUGGUAGGAAGAAGUUGCCAUUAACUGAUAUGAGGAAGACCGUGGAUAGAGCAAACUUGGGGGAGGGAAGAUCAGGAGUUAAAUGUUGGACAUGAUAACUUGAGAUAUCUAUUUGACAAUAUCCAACAGCAAAUGUGGAGUAAGCAGCUGGUUAUAGAAGUCCAGAGUUUAGAAAAGAAGCCUGGGCUGGAGAUAAUAAAGCAUAGUAAGUCAUUAGCGUAUGGGUGUUAUUUAAAGCCAGGGGACUGGAUGAAGUCAGUAAGGGAGUAAGAAGAGGAAAGCUGUGAGUCCUAAACCCUGGGAUACUCCAUUUCUUUAGGGGCAGAGGAAACGAAGAAGAAACAGCGCAGGAGACCAAAAAGAUGGCACCGAGAGACUGUGAAGAAUAUAAGCGAAGGGAAUAUGUCAGGAAAGAUUAAUCAGAGUCGAAUUCUGCUGAUGUGUCUGCCAAGAUGAGGAUUGACAACUGCCUUUUGGAUUUAGCAACAUGGAGAUCAUUGGUGACAUUAACAGGAGCAGUGAUGGAAAUGAAAGCUGUUUGGAGUGGUUCAAGAAAAAAAUGGGAAAAGAAGAAUUGGAGUACAGACAACUCUUCUAAGGAAUAAGGGAGAAGAGAGCAGGAGAGGGGAGUGGGGUCAAUAAAUUAGAUUUUUAAUAUUUUAAGGCAUAUUUUCGAAUCUCAAACUUACAUAAAUGUUUCAAGUAUAAUAUAACUUUCUCCUAAACUAUUUGAGAGUAAGUUGCCAACUUGAUACUCCAUCACCCCAAUACUUCAGUGUUUAUUUCCUACAAAUAAGAGCAUUUUCAUGUACCCCAAUACGAUCAUCAAAAUCAGGAAUCUGCAGACCAUAUUCAAUUUUCACCAGUUGUACAAAUAAUGUCCCUUAGCUGAUUCAAAAAUCACACAGUGCAUUUCGUUGUCAUAUUUCUUUAGUCUCCUUCAAUCGGGAAUAAUUCUUCGAUCUAUCCUUGACUUCUAUGACCUUGACACUUUUAAACUUUACAGGCCAUGAUUUCUAUUUGACUCAUUACUAAGGACGUUCAUUUUCAUUUCUUAAAUUGGUGUUUGCUAGGCUUCUCUAUUAUACAUUUACUAUUCUUCCCUUUAUAAUUAACAAAAACAUUGUGAGGAGGUAUUUUGAAACUAUGUAAAUAUUUCAUUUUCAUCAAACUAUUUAUUAUGCAGUUAUUUAUGUCAGUAUGGACUCAUGGUUUCCUAUUUUAGUCAACGGUUUAUAAUCCACUACUACCAUUAUUUACUUUGAUGCUCAAAUUCUCCACGAUUUGGCCAGUAGGAGUUCCUUCAAGCUGGCUUCUGUCUUUCUGACAAAUCCUUAUCAUUCUUUGAGGACGUACUUUCUGGCAUAAUGUAACAUGCCUGAGAUUCAUCUUGGACUUUCCCCAACCCAGCCCUGGAAUCAGCUAAAGACAUCCUGGUUUCUUUUAGUGGGAAAUGAUAUUUAGAAACCAGAAUCUGGGCAUCAGGUAUGCUCAUUGCUAUUGGGGAAUUGCUGCUCCCGGGCCCUAAGAGAGGGUUUCUUAAAGAUAAAAGAAAUUAAAGCAUUUUUUUACAUUUGUGGAAAUGAUACAAUAGAGAAAAUUUGGGGAUGCAGGAGGAAGAAGAGAGAAUUUGGGGGCUCUCAUGCACAAGUGGCCUUAAGCAGCAUCUAUGGUACAGGAAGGAGGAAGGCAUGAGAUAGGUAAUUGGGGGGCUGUGGUAGUAUCUACCUAUAGAAGUAUUCUUCUGAUUGCUUUUAUUUUCUCAAGGAAAUAAUCAAGGUCAUCAGAUAAAAGAAAGGAUGGGAGACAGAGGUAUUGGAGUUUUGAGAAGAGAGGAGAUAGUAUGAGAGUCAUCUGGCAGCUCAAAAGGAUAACUAGACAGGGAAUCUGGUAGGAUUACCACACAGCAUGAAAGGUCCACUUGAGGUGAUUAAAAAUUUAAAAUUUAAAAAGUGAGACGUAUGAACAUGAAUAUAUUGGGAGUUUUUCUCCUGCCAUGUUAGGUGCCGAAUAGGCAACAAGUUGGAUGAGCCAGGGCUGCCAAUUUACCAAAUGAAUGAAAUAAAGGAUAGGGAGAGGCAAGGGAAAUUGAAGGUGUACGCAAGGAAGUGGUUCUAUCACUUGGCUAUGGGCUUUACACUGGAUAAAUAAAAAAGAGAAUAGAGGACAGAGUCAUGAGAAAGGAGAAUCAAUAGGUUGUAGGUCCUGGUAGGCUCAAAGGAAUUUUGGAGACAGAGUACUAGUGGGAAUGAGCAAGAAAGAUGUUGGGAAGAAAUGAGGUGGUGGUCAGAGGUUGGGAUGCAUGCAACUGAGAUUAUGGGUGGUGGUAUGGGUCGAAUUGUGUCCCCUCUCCCCAAAAAGAGUUGAAGUCCUCACCCCAGGACCUCAGGAUGUGACCUUAUUUGGAAAGAGGGUCUGUACAGAUAUAGCUAAGUUAAAAUGGGUCAUUUGGGUGGGUCCUAAUCCAGUAUGAUUGGUGUCCUUAUAAAAGUAGAAAAUUGGACCAGGACAGACAUGCACACCGGGAGAACACCAUGUAAGAUGAAGACAGAUAUCGGAGUGAUGCAUCUACAAGCCGAGGAAUGCCAAGGAUUGCUAGCGAACCACUGGAAGUUAGAGGAAAGGCCUGGAACAGAUUAUCCUUCACAGCCCUCAGAAGGAGCCAAUCCCGCCAACCCCUCGAUCUUAGACUUCUAACCUCCCCAACUGUGAGACAAUAAAUUUGUUGUUUAA